UCUUCUCUUCUCCUCCCCGCAACAUUCAAUAAAAACACAUACAGUAAAUUGUAGAGAGAGAAACACACACAUUUUGAAUAACUGUGUGAGAGAGAAUUGAAAAAAAUAAAUUUGUGGUGUAAUGGAUAGAAGAGGAGGGUGUUGUAUUGCUAGAUAUGGAGGUGGGGGUGGAUAUAAUGAUAUGUCAAAAGUUGAUCAGAUAAUGCUUAGAUAUCGGCCGAUUGCACCAAAGCCUGUCGCCGCCGGUGGGUCUAAGCCGGAGAGUGCUGAGUUGUACGUUAAAAACGCCAGACCUAAGAGAAGGUACGUGAGAGACCAGAGUAAAAAGAGAAUAGGUACUGGGAAGAGGAAAGUUUCGCCGGAGAAGUCUAGUUCCGCUGGCUCAUCUUCCGGCGGAGAGACGGCGGUGACGUUGCCUCUGCUAUCGGAGGUUCCGGAGAGGAAGGAAUCUCCGGGGAGAGCGAGCAAGAACGCGCCGAUUUGGCUGAGUUUCGACCGGAAAGAGAUCGUGAGUGGGGAAGGCCACGUGGCGUUCCCGGUGGCCGAGCCGGCGAGAGUGCUGGUAAAGUCAUGCGUGAGAGUGGAGUGCGUGAUGGAUACGUGGGUGGAUAGGAAUGGGCUAGGGAAGACGGAUGGGGAGAAGGUGAGGAAUCUGGAGAGGGAUACGUGUCCGGGGUUUGUAUCGGACGGGUACAAUGGAGUGAGGUGGACGAACAAGGCGUAUAGAGAGAUGGUGGGGGAGGCUGAUGGGGAGAUGAUGGUGUGGGUGGUGAUGAAAGAUCUCGUGUUGUUGCCGUUGAUGAGUGAGGCCUUUACGUGCCGCGUGAGAGUUAGUUGUGGCAAGGAUGGAGGAUUCAUGAGUGCAAUGACGCUUCCCUGUGAUGUUUGGAGGAUGAGCAAUGGUGGCCUUGCCUGGAGGCUUGAUAUCAAAGCUGCUCUCUGCUUGGGUCGGUGAUCAUAUUUAAAUUUAUACUGUUUUACUUUACUUAUGUCAAAUAUAUAGCUCAGGGCUGAAAAAACGUACCCGAUAUAUCUCGUUUAAUUGCGACCCCCUGCUAAGGUUUGUGGAGAGUGGAAGGUCCAAACUAUCUUAUUAGUCCUUGGAUCUAUGGGGGUGGAAAGUUGUUGGUGCGAGAAAAGCUUCAUGUAAUGACCGAUGAAGAUUGUAAAGUUGUGCUAGAGUAUAACUUAUUCUAGCUACCUGGUUUUGUUUUCAUUUAGUAGGAUUUGAACGAAAUCAAGGUCUUGAAAGCGCUCUAGAUCAAAUGAGCAGGCUGGAGAAUGAAGUAGAUAGCUAGCCAGGCCAAGUAUAUACUCCUAGAACACUGAAUAAGUGCAUAUAUCUGGGCUUCAUGCCUUCUUGAGCUUUGAGCCCAGAUUCGUAGCUAGCUAGCUAGCUUUCAUCUCCGUGUACUUUAAAAAAAUUAACAUGGUUUGUGUGGUUUGACGGUUCGAUAUGAAAUAUUUUGAAGAUAAUAGAGUUUGCCAUAGAGUGUAUUUUA